GUAUACACACAGAUACAUGAUCAGUCGGUAGAAGUUAAGAGAUCUGAAGAGAGAAGAGAGUGAGAGAGGGAGAGAGAGAUGGCAGAGCAAGAGGUUCCUCCAUUAAUCCGAUCAAAACCCAUGAAUGGAGGAGAUGGCCCUCACAGCUACAGUAAAAACUCUUAUUACCAGAGAGGUGCAAUUGAAGCUACUAAGAAGAUGAUCAACGAAGCUGUUAAAGAAAAGUUUGACUUGGAGAAUACCUACUUUAAUACUUCUAAAACAAUUCAAAUAGCAGAUUUGGGUUGUUCGACCGGACCCAAUACAUUCUUUACAGUAGAAAACAUUAUAGAAGCUAUAAUUCUGAAGUAUCAAGAUGAAGACAUAUCAACUAGUUCUAAGAAUCUAGAAUUUCAAGUGUUUUUCAAUGAUCAUGCCGAUAAUGACUUCAACACCCUCUUCAGGACUCUUUCUUCUCCUCCUAAAUAUUUUGCUGCCGGUGUACCUGGUAGUUUUUACCUUCGUUUAUUUCCACAGUCUAGCAUCCAUUUUGCUCACACUUCUUAUGCAGUCCACUGGUUAUCCAAAGUUCCAAGAGAAGUUAUAGAUGAAAAUUCCUCUGCAUAUAAUAAAGACAGCAUACAAUGUUCUGGCUUUAAUAUAGAAGUAGCUAAAGCAUACGCAUCUCAAUUUAAGAAUGACCUAAACAACUUCUUAAAUGUGAGAGCCCAAGAGCUUGUACCCGGAGGCUUGAUGGUAAUUAUUAUAUCAGUUUUGUUAGAUGGUGUUCUAAUGGCUAAAUCGACAAUUGGUAUGUGUUAUGAUUUUCUUGGAUCUUGCUUAAAGGACAUGGCCAACUUGGUAAGAAACUACAAUCCAUGA